AUGACAUCAGACCCUACCAUCACCUUAUUCGGAGAGAAACGAUUGAAAAAUGUGAACAGCCUCCUUGUCUGGAGUGACAAACUGUCACAGUUCGAUCCCGAUCAUCAAGAAGCCGUGCGUUUCUUGCAUGGCCUAGAGGCCGAUUUUGACCAGUUGAGACAGGCGACAGCAUACGAGCAAACGAGCCCCUGCUUCCCGCUCAAGUGUCAAAUCAUCACUCAUACCAUCCAAGAUGCGAUCGACAUCCUUCGAAGACAAACCCUGUUCAGCUCUGACGAGGUCGGACAAGUCCUGAAGAUGAUUGCUCAUCACAUUGGUCGGUUGAGUCUGAGCAAGCAGCAGGGUGUCGAUCUAUAUGCCGAGCACAUGGACCGGAUGACUCGGAAGAUCGACGCAUCAUGGAAAUCCAGGAAGCUCAGAGCUCCGCAGCCACAAGCCGAGAACGAGAGGCGUCAGGAAAAGUUACAGGAGAUAUGGGAUCGUCUGCACUUUGCACUGCCCGAUUGUGCAUGUCUUCAGUGCUCGCGCGAGUCAUGA